UCUGUUUCCUUUAAAAACUCUGACCGGGUGCAGCAUUGCAAAGAAUUGAUUUCUGAGAUGAGACAAUAAGCUGUGGUUUGCAUUUUGUAAAGAUGGAGGAAACCUCUCACACUGACCCUGUAUGGGAGAUGACUCAUUUAUUCCUGUCUUGGUACAGUUGCAAAUUAUUUUCCUUUGUCUGAAGUGGGUGGAUGCCAGCGCCUUCAUCAGAGCUCCUUAAUUUAAUGUAUGGAAAAUGUCUCAGCCACCAUUUUUAACAAUUAGCUGUAUCAUGGUUGAGGUGAGCUGGGUUCUGAAGCAGCUGCAGAGCUGGCUCAUUUACAUUAGGUUCCAUCGCACAAGAGCUUUGUUACUGUAAAACUCAGAAAUAAAUUUGCACACUGCAUUGAAGAGUUCUCUAGGAGGGUGGAGAACAUUCUCAGAAAGAAAAUGGAAUCCUUUUGUCUACAGGCUUCCUGAAGAAUGAGAAGGACAACGCCUUGCUGUCUGCCAUUGAAGAGUCCCGGAAGCGGACAUUUGGCAUGGCCGAGGAGUACCACCGAGAGUCGAUGCUGGUCGAGUGGGAGCAGGUCAAGCAGCGAAUUCUCCACACACUGCUGGCGUCAGGAGAAGACGCCCUUGACUUUACUCAAGAAAGUGAGCCAAGUUACAUCAGUGACGCAGGACCUCCAGGUCGAAGCUCUCUGGACAGCAUCGAAAUGGCCUAUGCCCGGCAGAUUUAUAUCUAUAACGAGAAGAUUGUGAACGGGCAUCUGCAGCCUAACCUCGUGGACCUCUGUGCUUCCAUCGCAGAGCUGGAUGAUAAGAACAUCUCUGACAUGUGGGCCAUGGUGAAGCAAAUGACAGAUGUGCUGUUGACCCCGGCCACUGACGCCCUGAAGAGCCGCAGCAGCGUGGAAGUGCGCAUGGAAUUCGUCAGGCAGGCCCUGGGCUACCUGGAGCAGAGUUAUAAGAAUUACACCCUUGUGACUGUCUUUGGAAAUUUGCAUCAGGCCCAGCUGGGCGGGGUGCCUGGAACGUACCAGUUGGUUCGAAGUUUCCUGAACAUUAAGCUUCCGGCUCCCUUGCCUGGACUCCAGGACGGAGAGGUGGAAGGUCAUCCCGUGUGGGCACUGAUUUAUUACUGCAUGCGCUGUGGAGACCUGCUUGCCGCCUCGCAGGUGGUUAACCGAGCCCAGCACCAGCUGGGAGAGUUUAAAACCUGGUUCCAGGAGUACAUGAACAGCAAAGACAGACGAUUGUCGCCAGCUACGGAGAACAAGCUCCGGCUGCACUACCGAAGGGCCCUCCGGAACAACACCGACCCCUACAAGCGCGCCGUGUACUGCGUCAUCGGCAGGUGUGACAUCACCGACAACCAGAGUGAAGUGGCCGACAAAACUGAGGAUUACCUGUGGCUGAAGUUGAACCAAGUGUGUUUCGAUGAUGAUGGCACCAGCUCUCCACAAGACAGACUCACUCUCUCACAGUUCCAGAAGCAGCUAUUGGAAGACUAUGGCGAAUCCCACUUCACAGUGAACCAGCAGCCCUUCCUCUACUUCCAAGUGCUCUUCCUGACGGCGCAGUUCGAGGCCGCCAUCGCCUUCCUCUUCCGCACGGAGCGGCUGCGCUGCCAUGCCGUGCACGUGGCGCUGGUGCUCUUUGAGCUGAAGCUGCUUCUGAAGUCCUCGGGGCAGAGUGCUCAGCUCCUCAGCCAUGAGCCUGGGGACCCCCCCUGCAUGAGGCGGCUGAACUUUGUGCGACUGCUCAUGCUCUACACCCGCAAGUUCGAGGCCACAGACCCGAGGGAGGCGCUCCAGUACUUUUACUUCCUCAGGGAUGAGAAGGACAGCCAAGGAGAAAACAUGUUUCUGCGCUGUGUGAGCGAGCUUGUGAUAGAAAGCCGAGAGUUUGAUAUGAUUCUUGGGAAACUGGAGAACGAUGGAAGUAGAAAGCCUGGAGUCAUAGAUAAGUUUACUAGUGACACGAAGCCUAUUAUCAACAAAGUUGCUUCCGUGGCAGAAAAUAAAGGACUGUUUGAAGAAGCAGCAAAGCUUUAUGACCUUGCCAAGAAUGCUGACAAGGUGCUGGAGCUGAUGAACAAGCUGCUCAGCCCUGUCGUCCCCCAGAUCAGCGCACCACAGUCCAACAAGGAGAGGCUGAAGAACACGGCCCUGUCCAUUGCUGAACGGUACAGGGCUCAAGGAAUCAGUGCGAAUAAAUUUGUGGACUCCACAUUCUAUCUUCUGCUGGAUUUGAUCACCUUUUUUGACGAGUAUCACAGUGGACACAUUGACAGAGCCUUUGAUAUCAUUGACCGCUUGAAGCUGGUGCCCCUGAGUCAGGAGAGCGUGGAAGAGAGAGUGGCCGCCUUCCGGAAUUUCAGUGAUGAAAUCAGGCACAACCUCUCAGAGGUGCUUCUCGCCACCAUGAACAUCUUGUUCACGCAGUUUAAGCGGCUCAAGGGGACGAGUCCCUCCUCGGCGUCCAGGCCCCAGCGCGUCAUCGAGGACCGCGACUCUCAACUGCGAAGCCAGGCCCGCGCCCUCAUCACCUUUGCCGGGAUGAUCCCCUACCGCACGUCCGGGGACACCAACGCCAGGCUGGUGCAGAUGGAGGUCCUCAUGAAUUAAGUCCCGUGCGCGCGGCUGCGGGGCUGUGCUCAGCGCCUCGGGCACGUGGGCUGCCGUGGUGGGCUUUCUGCUUUUAUUUCUGUUGUGUUUUGUUUUGUUUUUUGUAUUAUAUAUUUUUGUCAACACCAAUAAAUUUCUUUGAUUUGUAUUUCUUUUCACAUUCUUUUAUUUUCUUUCUUUCUUUUUUUUUUUUUCCCUUUGAAUUUUUGUUGAAGUUUUUAUUUGUGUGGGAGGAAAUGUCUUCGCUAGUCAGGGGGCCAGGAAUGAUAGGCUCAGAUAGGUGCGUGUGGUUUGGUUAAAGAUGACCUCAAAUUAUUAAAAACUCGCCCAAAAUGAGCAAGGAAA